UUGACAGAAGUGUCACAAGCAGGCGAAGCUGCACAGACCACAACCCGCCCAGCCCAAGAGACGGGAGAAAGGCUGCUGCUCAUUUUUCACUGAAAACCUGGGAAACUUCUUCAAAGCUCUGACAGAGAGAGGUGCAGGGGCACAGUUCUCAUUUAUCAAACCGUUGGACAGAGGAGACUGAAGAUCUUCUCCCUCUCUCUCUCCCAGUAUGGCAUCUUGGGACCUGUCAAUCACGGUGGAAGACCUGGGCCCUGAUGCCCCACCUGUCACCAUCAGCGUUGCCUCAGACCUCCAUGUCGGAGGGGUCAUCCUCAAGCUGGUGGAGAAGACACAGAUCAAGAAGGACUGGUCAGACCAUGCUCUGUGGUGGGAGCAGAAGCAGUGCUGGCUGCUGAGGACAGCCUGGUCUCUGGAGAAAUAUGGAAUCCAUGCCGACGCCCGGCUGCUUUUCAUGCCCCAGCACAAGCCCCUGAAGCUUGGUCUGCCAAAUGGAAAAACCCUGAGCCUGCGAGCCUGCUUCUCCAACCCCGUCUUCCAGACCGUGAUGGGCAUCUGCAGACUGCUCAAUAUCCGUCACCCUGAGGAACUGUCACUCCUUCAGCCUGUAGAGGAGAAGAAGAAGAAGAAAGGCAAGGAUUCGACUGAGGAGAUCUACGACCUGACCGAGGUGCCCCUCUCCUCGGUAUCCCGGCCCAGCCUGUACAACGGCAUGCCAGCUCAUUUUGCUGACUCACCAGAAAUGGAGGGCAUCUACAAAAUACUGUCAAUCACCCAGCCUCCCCCUGCCCCCGAGGUCAUCGCCAAGCAGUACCGGCCAGCCAGCGUUGUGGACAAGGCCCACAUCCAUGGCAGGUGGUUGGAUUCCUCCCGGUGUCUUAAGCAACAGGGCAUCCAAGAAAACGACAAACUCUGGCUUCGUUUCAAAUAUUAUGCCCCCUAUGACCUGGAACCUAAGUACGACACUGUACGUCUGUGCCAGCUCUAUGAGCAGGCGCGCUGGGCUAUCCUGCUGGAGGACAUUGACUGCACAGAGGAGGAGAUGAUGCUGUUUGGAGCUCUACAGUACCACAUCAGUAAGGUGUCUCAGUCGGAGCCCCAGAUGAUGAGCUCCAGUGCAGCCAUGGAUGACCUGGAGUCGGCCCUGCAGUCCCUGGAGGUCAAGAUGGAGGGAGAGAGCAGCUCUGCAUCUGAAAUGCUGGACACCAUGACUGCACCGGAGCUCAACGACUAUCUGAAGAUAUUCAGACCAAAGAGGCUGACCCUGAAAGGAUAUAAACAGUACUGGUUUAAGUUCCAGGAUACUUCCAUUUGUUAUUUCAAGAGCAAAGAGGAGAGCAUCGGAGAGCCCAUUCAACAGAUUAACCUCAAAGGCUGUGAGGUGGCUCCAGAUGUCAACGUGGCAGCACAGAAGUUCCUUAUUAGACUCCUGAUUCCAGCACCAGAGGGGAUGAAUGAGGUCUAUCUACGCUGUGAAAAUGAGCAGCAGUACGCUCAGUGGAUGGCAGCGUGUCGGCUGGGCUCUAAAGGCAAGACUCUGGCCGACAGCAGCUACCAGAGCGAAAUCCAGAGCAUCCGCUCCUUCCUGGCUAUGCAAAAGACCAGCUCUGGUUCCCAUGGCAACACACCUGCCAGUGAUGAAAGCAUUAAUACUCACAGUCUGGUGUCCCCACGCUAUCACAAGAAGUACAAGGCCAAACAGCUGACCCCUCGUAUCCUGGACGCGUACCAGAACGUGGCACAGCUCUCCCUGACAGACGCACUGAUGCGUUUCCUGCAGAUCUGGCAAGCGCUGCCCGACUUUGGCCUCUCAUACUUCAUCGUGAGGUUUAAGGGCAGUCGGAAGGACGAAGUUUUGGGCAUCGCUCCAAACCGUCUGAUCCGAAUUGACCUGGGCGUGGGCGAUGUGGUGAAGACUUGGCGCUACAACAACAUGAAGCAAUGGAAUGUCAACUGGGACAUAAGACAGAUGGCCAUAGAGUUCGAAGGAAACGUCAACAUCGCUUUCAGCUGUGUGACGGCAGACUGCAAAAUCGUCCACGAGUUCAUCGGAGGUUACAUUUUCAUGUCCACACGCAGUCGAGAGAAGAGUGACACACUCAAUGAGGAGCUUUUCCACAAGCUGACCGGGGGCCAUGAAGCCCUCUAAGACUCGACACACAAAUCCUUCACAGCCCACAGUGAUUCCCAGUGUGUCUCAACCUCCAGAAAGAGGAUUUUAUGCUCCAUUCAGUCCACUAUGAAAACAUCAGAAGAGCACAAAAAAGGGUCAAAGGAAGAUUUUUUUCAUGUUUGAAACCCCCUCUGGCAGUCCAGACAAGUUUUUAUAAAACCUUUGUUCCACAUAUUCACUCAGUCAGUGGAUCUGCUUCAUCACUGGAUGGAUCACAAAACAUUUCAGACAGUUCCUGCCAUGCUGACUUCUCCUUCGCAUCAAAAUGGACUGCUGGAGCCUGACAGCAUCCCUUCACUCAGAUUAUAAAUCCUGCUUUAUUCAGCUGCAGUUUUAUCAUCACUUAGUUUAAAAUUUCUAACACAUUACAGCCGCAGCCAAGUUACCAAAGCCAAGAUUCAACAAACAUGAGAAGAUGAAGAUCAAGCCAAUGCAAAAUGCUCCCAAAAUUAACUUGAAUAAACACCAUUUAUUGAAAUAAAAACAGCAAUUCAUUA